AUGUCUGUGCAAGGACUACCACUCCCCGAGGGCUACCAGUUGCAUGACGGCGCUCCGCCUUUGGAUGCAUACUUGCAUAUCCGCCGUGUCUCCGGCCUCACUCCCGUUACGCCGACCCAGGGCAGACGUGCAUUGGACGGUAGCUGGUACUGCGUACAUCUCACAUACGCUCCUCCAGUUACAUCCGAAACCUCGUCAGCCGCAUCUACGGAAGUAGUUGGGUUGGCUCGUGUGAUCGGAGACGGAGGCUGGUACUUUCAUGUCUCCGAUGUCGCUGUGGUCCCAACACAUCAGCGAAAAGGUCUUGGAAAUAUCUUGAUGGAUACAAUUAUGCGUCGCGUGCAACAAACGGCCGAGCCAGGCUUCUACAUUAACUUGUUCGCUGACCCUCCGGGCAGAAAGCUCUACAGUCGGUGGGGAUUCCGGGACACGAUGCCUGGAGAAUUAGGCAUGGGAAGAUGGGUUGGAGGAAAGGGAGAAAUCAAGGAGAGUCCUGCCGAGGAUGGCGCGCAACAAUGA